AUGACUUCUCCGCAGCAGAUCCGCACGCCCAUCACCGAUCUCUUCAAGAUCAAGCACCCCAUCCUGCUGGCCGGGAUGAACGUCGCCGCCGGGCCCAAGCUGGCCGCGGCCGUCACCAACGCCGGCGGGCUCGGCGUCAUCGGCGGCGUCGGCUACACCCCCGACAUGCUGCGCGAGCAGAUCGCCGAGCUCAAGGAGUACCUCGACGACAAGAACGCCCCCUUUGGCGUCGACCUGCUGAUCCCCCAGGUCGGCGGCAGCGCGCGCAAGACAAAUUACGACUAUACCAAGGGCAAGCUCGAUGAGCUCGUCGACAUCAUCAUCGAGUCCGGCGCCAAGCUCUUCGUCUCGGCCGUCGGCGUGCCCACCAAGGCCGUCGUCGACAGGCUCCAUGCCGCCGGCAUCGUCUACAUGAACAUGGUUGGCCACGUCAAGCACGUCAAAAAGUGCCUCGAGCUCGGCGUCGACAUCAUCUGCGCCCAGGGCGGCGAGGGCGGCGGCCACACGGGCGACAUCCCCACCACGGUCCUCAUCCCCGCCGUCGUCGAGAUUUGCAACAAGGCCAAGUCGCCCAUCACCGGCGGGCCCGUCCAGGUAAUCGCCGCCGGCGGCAUCCACAACGGCCAGCUGCUCGCCGCCUCCCUCAUGAUGGGCGCCGGCGCCGUCUGGGUCGGCACCCGCUUCAUCCUCACCGACGAGGCCGGCGCUCCCAAGGCCCACAAGGACGCCGUCCGCACCGCCGGCCACGACGACAACGUGCGCACAAUCAUCUUCACCGGCCGCCCCAUGCGCGUCCGCAACAACCCCUACAUCAACGACUGGGAGACCAACCGCCAGCAGGAGAUGAAGGAGCUCGCCGCAAAGGGCACCAUCCCCUACGAGGCCGACCUCGACAAGUACAUGGAUGGCGCCGAGGGCGCCGAGCACAAGGGCGUCGAGAGCAACAACGCCGCCGCCGAGGCCGACGACGACGAAGACUACGACGACCCGCUCGAGCAGUUCCGCCCCUUCCUGAUGGGCAAGUGCGCCGCCGUUGUCAACGAGCAAAAGUCGGCAAAGGCCGUCGUCGACGAGCUUGUCGACGACGCCGUCAAGUGGAUGAAGACGGGACACAAGAUGAUUGCAAAGCUGUAG